GACAGGGGAGUGGCCGUUCGAGGGUGACGUCAUCGCACCACUCGGUCUGGCUGGCCGACGAAAAAUAAUAAAUGGGCGAUUGCGGCUGUCGCUGAGGAGGAAAGAAUUGAAAUUCGGACGCCAGUGACGUUUGUGUCUCGUCCCGUGGGACAGGAGCGCCUGCUGGACGAGUCGGUGGCCGUGGUGCCGUGCCAGCUGGAGCGGAAUUUCCGAGAACAAACAGACUGGAACAAUAACUGCAGUGAAAAUGGAGGCCAUCUUGCAGUUGACGUGAUCGGUCCGUCGCUGAGUUUUGUCCCGUUGCGAUCACCUCGCGUUGCGUACGCGGUUUUGUAGUGCAGACAGCGUCCCGAUAGCCAGCGCCACCAUGUCCGGGGAGCGCGAGGUGCCGGCUGAGGACAGCAUCAAGGUGGUGUGCCGCUUCCGGCCGCUCAACGACUCCGAGGAGAAGGCGGGUUCCAAGUUCAUCGUCAAGUUUCCGUCCGGCACCGAGGAGAACUGCAUUUCCAUAGGCGGAAAAGUUUAUUUGUUUGACAAGGUGUUCAAACCGAACGCGACUCAGGAGAAGGUGUACAAUGAGGCGGCCAAGACGAUCGUGUCGGACGUGCUGUGCGGCUACAACGGCACCAUCUUCGCCUAUGGACAGACGUCGUCCGGCAAAACGCACACGAUGGAAGGCGUGCUCGGCGACACUCACAAGCAGGGAAUCAUCCCUCGCAUCGUCAAUGACAUCUUCAACCACAUUUAUGCCAUGGAGGAGAACCUCGAGUUCCACAUCAAGGUCUCCUACUUUGAGAUCUACAUGGACAAAAUUAGAGACCUGCUCGAUGUGUCCAAGGUGAACCUGAGCGUGCAUGAGGACAAAAACAGGGUGCCCUUUGUGAAGGGAGCAACGGAACGGUUCGUCUCGAGCCCUGAGGAGGUCUUCGAGACGAUCGAGGAGGGCAAGGCCAACCGCCACAUUGCAGUUACCAACAUGAACGAGCACAGUUCGCGUAGCCACAGCGUCUUCCUGAUCAACGUCAAGCAGGAGAACCUGGAAAAUCAGAAGAAGCUGUCCGGCAAGCUCUACCUGGUCGAUUUGGCUGGUAGUGAGAAGGUGAGCAAGACUGGUGCUGAAGGAACGGUUCUGGACGAGGCCAAGAAUAUAAACAAGUCGCUCUCCGCGCUGGGAAAUGUGAUUUCCGCACUCGCUGACGGCAAUAAAACGCAUAUUCCUUACCGUGACUCGAAGCUGACGCGUAUUUUGCAAGAGUCGCUUGGUGGCAACGCGCGAACAACAAUUAUCAUCUGUUGCUCACCGGCGUCCUUCAACGAGUCGGAGACCAAGUCGACGCUGGACUUUGGCAAGCGCGCCAAGACCAUCAAGAACGUGGUCUGCGUCAACGAGGAGCUGACUGCCGAGGAAUGGAAGCGCCGCUACGAGAAGGAAAAGGAAAAGUCUGCCAGGCUCAAGGGCAAGCUGGAGAAGCUCGAGGAGGAGCUUAGCAGGUGGCGGAACGGUGAGACGGUCAGGGUGGAGGAGCAGGUGAACCUGCGCGAGGAAGUGGGCGCGACGACGCCGGUGGCGGCGAUGACCGAGUCGGAAAUCGUUCUGGAGAAGAACAAAGCGAGCGGACCGCUGCCUGCGAUCCCUGGCGGCGUGAUGGUGGGCUCGAUCUCAAACGAGGAGCGGCUGAAGCUGGAGAGCGAGCGCGAGCGGCUGUACCUGCAGCUGGACGAGAAGGACGAAGAGAUCAACCAGCACACGCAGAUGAUCGAGAAGCUCAAGGACCAGAUCAUGGAGCAGGAGGAGCUGAUCGCAUCCACGCGCAAAGACUACGAGCUGGUGCAGCACGAGAUGAACCGCAUCCAGCAGGAGAACGAGAGUGCCAAGGAGGAGGUCAAGGAGGUGCUGCAGGCGCUCGAGGAGCUCGCCGUCAACUACGACCAGAAAUCGCUGGAGGUUGAGACCAAGAACAAAGAGUACGAGACGCUCAAUGAGGAACUCAUCCAGAAGCAGUCGCAGCUGAACAACGCUUCAACCGAGCUGCAGCAGCUGAAGGACAUGUCGACCCACCAGCGCAGGCGAAUCACCGAGAUGCUGACCAACCUGCUCAAGGACCUUGGCGAGAUUGGCACCUCUAUCGGCGGCGAUGGCGGAGACAUCAAGGUUUGGGAUUUCACCUCAAACCGAUUGCUUUUUUCGGCUGACACGAACGGCAAGAUCGAGGAAGAGUUUACGGUGGCGCGUCUAUACAUCUCGAAGAUGAAGUCUGAAAUCAAGAACCUGGUGCAGCGUUGCUCAAACCUGGAGACGAGCCAGACAGACAGCAACAAGAAGGUGGGCGAGUACGAGCGCGACCUUGGCGAGUGCCGGCUGCUCAUCUCGCAGCACGAGGCGCGCAUGAAGUCUCUUCAGGAGUCGAUGCGCGAGGCCGAGAACAAGAAGCGCCAGCUCGAGGAGGACAUUGACGCUCUGCGUGAGGAGUGCGCCAAGCUCAAGGCCGCUGAACAGGUGCACCAGGUGAGCAGCAAGGAGAAGGCGGAGGAGAAGGCGCAAGCGACGCAGCUGCGGGAGGCGCUGGAACAGCAGAUGGACCAGCUGCGCGACGCGCAUCACAUGCAGGUAGCGAAGCUGCGCGACGAGAUUGGCGAGAAGCAGGAAGCGAUCAACGAGCUGAAGGACUCGAACCAGAAGCUGAGCCUGGCGCAGCAGCAGCUGCAGCAGGACCUGGAGCGGCUGCGGCGCGACGAGCACGACAAGAGCCAGCGGCUGCAGGAGCUGGUGCUGACCAACGAGCGGCGCGAACAGGCGCGCAAGGACCUCAAGGGGCUCGAAGACACGGUGGCCAAAGAGCUGCAGACGCUGCACAACCUUCGCAAGCUGUUCGUGCAGGACCUGCAGGCCCGCAUCAAGAAGUCGGCCAACUCGGAGGACAACGAGGACGACGGCGGCUCGCUGGCGCAGAAGCAGAAGAUCAGCUUCCUCGAAAACAACCUCGACCAGCUGACCAAGGUGCACAAGCAGCUGGUGCGCGACAACGCCGACCUCCGCUGCGAGCUGCCCAAGCUCGAGAAGCGCCUCCGGGCCACCAUGGAGCGCGUCAAGGCCCUCGAGGUCGCCCUCAAGGAGGCUAAGGAGGGCGCCAUGAAGGACCGCAAGCGCUACCAGUACGAGGUCGACCGCAUCAAGGAGGCCGUCCGUCAGAAGAACCUCGCCCGACGAGGCCCCCAAGCACAAAUCGCAAAGCCGAUCCGGCCGGGGCAGCACCACACUGCGGCGCCGAGCGGCCCGGUUGCGAUCCGCGCUGGCCCCGUUGGCGCCGGCGGCACCGCCAUGAGCCGCAGCAGCAUCAUCGGCGGCGGCGGCGACGAGGAGCGCAAGAAGAAGGCCGGCACCAAGGGCGAGUGGUAAAAGAAACGCCUCCGCCGGCGACACAGACUGCGAGGGACGACGCCUACUUUUCGUUUCGACUAAUUUCGCCGCAGCAAAGUAAAAAGAAAAAAAGGAGAGAAAUGUCCCUCGGUUGAUUUAAUUGAAAGGAGCUUGUUCUUCUCGAUUCUCUCGCGACUAAGUUAUUCGAUUGUGUGUAGCCUGGUAAGGUGCACUGGUAGCGUGUAAUUUUCCCACUCUAGCGAGCACUUUUUGUUAUUGUUUCACAUUGAAAUCGUCUGGCGAUUCCUAAAUGAACCCCAGUGCUUUAAUCACUCACUUCCGGUGGCUAUUUUCUUGAUUUCCUAAGGGCCCCAUUGGCCCGUUUAGUCGUCAAGAUUGCUGACUCGUAGGCCCGUUAUUAUUAAAUUAUCAUUGUUUUGAAUAAAAAAAAUCACCUGCUUUCGGCUCUUUAUAUGGAAUUCUUGGCGUAGCUUCUCGCGACCAAAGAAAUGAGUGUGUUAGUCUCAAUGCCAGCGGCCGAGAUGCGGGUAACCGCGACCGUCAUGUGUAAACUCGUCAUCUGCCAAAUCUUCACUCGCCGCCGCACCAGCCCCGAUUUUAAAUCAACUAAAAAUGUGCUAAAAAAAUAAUGAAAUGGACUGGUGGGGCGCGCCUGGUUACCUCAGCUUCGCUUUCGUCACCUAAUUCAAUUAAAUUAAAGUAAAGUAAAGAAAUGAAAUGAAAGGAGCCUAAAUUUGCGUCUGAUUCUCGAUUGGGUCUCUUGUGAUAUGGUAUUUUAAAUGAACAAGAAGAAAGAGGGGUUUUGGGAGGGGAGCGGGCCACCCUGACUUGAUGCCAGAGGUCAAGCCGCACGAAAGGGUGCGCCUGUGCGAUCGCUCGAUGUCGUCGAAUGGUCAGUAGUUGAAUUAAAUUAAUUUAGAAACCCAAGGUGCAAUAAACCGAGCGAAAGACACUGGCUUUUAAGUUCUCUUUUCCUUUCUAGCAGCUAUUUUUGUUAACUUGAGGGAUUCUUGUUUUUGUGAUACACAUUCGAGCGCGUGCGUGUUUGUUUCGUGUCUUAAUUAAUUUAUUUAUUAAUCUCUCGAGACUAAGCAUGGUGGAGAAAGAAUAAUUAAAAUUACUCUUGUAGUGCGUAUGCGUAGUGCUCUUUUUGUUAUAAUUUUGCAACACACUUGGAUCGCGGCAGUGCAACUUUAUAUCUCGAUAAAUAACUGAAUAGACAAAGUAUAAUUACUACGCUCGCCUAUAUUUAUAAUUAAUUAAAUAAACCCGGAUGCAUUUGCAGAUCACAAACACACCACCACCUUAUUAUUAUUGUAGUUGUUAUGAUUUCCAGCCGAGAAAACCUUGUUUCGACAUCACCAAAACUCACGGGGAAAUUGAAUGGUUUUGAUGUUAAAUUGUAAAGAUGCCUUCUUUCAUGUGACAAUGAAUAAAUAUGCACACUAAAACAACAAA